AUGAUGCGAGUCGCGCAUAACUGCGAACGCGCGGAGUUUGCUCGACUCAGGAGAGAAGAUUCGAAGAAGAUGAAACACAUGCGGGAGGAGAUCUUAAGGUUGAAAAUCCAGCUGAACGACCACCACCAUAACCACCACGCGACACAAACGACGAUACAAACGACUUCGAGAACAAGAGAAAGGGAAGAGGAGGUGGAGCAGCAGCAGUUCUUGGCACCGGCGGGAGCAGCGAUAACGGCGGUAUCGUCGCCACCGCCGCCGAGAUCGUAUUUGCAAUUGAAGAAGCGAGAGACUGCGGCUCCGGCGGCGAGGAAAGGAGGCGAAGGAGAGUUUGCGGAUACGAAGGAGUACUUUGAGAGUUUUUCUUCGGAGGAAGAAGAAGAAGAAGAAGAAGAGAGCAGUUCCUCGUGGUCCGCUUCCGACGAAAGUGGCUCUUUUGUGAGCGUCUCUAAGAGUAAGCGGCAAGUUGGAUUGAAGAAGAGAGACGAGAACAAAGAAGAGAAGCAACCGCUGUUGUCUCUCGGUAAGAAGGACGAAACGACGACGGAGAAGAAGAAGACAUUUUCGAAGACAAAGAAAACGACCACCACCGCGCAACCAGAAAACGAAAGCGAGCAUCCGCUUCUCGUUCGCACCCUCCUCAAAGGUAAAGAAGGAGGAAAACCACCCUUACCGCCGCCCACUUCCAAGAAGGAACAACAAAGGACUUCUAAAAAGAAGAACGAAAAAGACGAGGUUUCGGGCGCCGACGACGAGCGAAGAAAAGGAGAACAAGAACAAGAACAACAAGAACACGACGACGAAGAACAAAAAAACCUCCUCGGCAAAAACAGCGGCCACCAAACUUUCGCCAUGCGAAUGGGAUUCACGCGAAAUGCCGCAAACGUCGACACCGAACACCGCCAAGAACAACAAAAACGAGGACGGCCGUCUCGCGACGUCGCCAAAAAAGUGGUCUCAUAUAAAGAGCCCAGUUUGUUGACGAAAAUGCGCCGACCGUCGUCGUAA